AUGCCACCAUCGUCAUCAAACUCAGCCGCUGCGUCGCGAAGCGCAAGUCGGCGACUGAUAAAGGAGUUGGAUACAUGGAGCACAGAGCAAAAGAUAGAGAAGGGCAUCGAACGUCUUGGACCAGUCAACGAGGGCGACUUGAUGGAGUGGGAAGCCGUCAUCAACGGGCGAGAUAUAGGCCACGGCUACGAUGAGGGGCGCUGGCUCAUCAAUAUUUCCAUCCCAUCGACUUACCCCCUCGCACCACCGAAGAUGACGUUCGUCACGCCCAUUGUUCACCCGAAUAUUGCCCUUCAAACUGGCGAGAUCUGCCUCGACCUGCUCAAGGACGCAUGGACACCUGCAUAUAGUGUCUUGGAGUGUGUUCGAGCCGUGCGCAUGUUGCUGGGCUGCCCUGAGACCGAUAGUCCACUUAACGUGGACGUUGCGGCCUUGUUACGCUCCGGCGAUGUGCUUGGUACGAGGAAGCUAGUCGAGUUUUGGUGUCGGGAUUCUGAUGGGCGAUAUGAGGGGCCUUGA